UCAUACCCCGGUCUACGAACGAAAGGCAACGAAUCAACAACGCAUGUCCAUUUUUGGGUCGGCAACUUUUUUUAUGUCUUUUGACACUUACGAGAGUGAAAAAUUUAUUUUCCUGAAUAAUAAUCAUAAUAAUCAUAACAAGAAAUCAGUGUUUUGACCGGAAAUCGUGUUUACAGCAAAUAUCUGAAUCUAUUUUAUCAAAAGUGCACCACAAUUACCAAAUUCGAAGCAAUGGAAGUACUCAUGGAUGAAGUGGAAUCGUUGGAAGCGAUUUUGAUGGAUGACGUGAAAAUUGUUCGGAAUUCUGAGGGUGGUGUCGAACUGAUUGAAACCACUGUCCUGCCGACUGUUGGCGAAGACGUCGACAGACAGUACGUGUGCAUAACUCUGCAAGUUAUUCCUUGUGAACAAUAUCCCGAUGUCAAACCGAAAUGGAAUCUACGAAAUUCGCGAGGAUUGGACGAUAUGUCCAUCAAUAAGAUACGAAAGGCGAUCGAAGAAAAACUGCAUGAAGCUGUCGGUCAACCGGUGGUUUUCGAUUUAAUCGAAGUUAUACGAGAACAUUUGACUGAUAGCAAUCUUCCGUCGGGACAGUGUGUCAUCUGCCUGUAUGGCUUUCAAGACGGUGACGAAUUUACCAAAACAAUUUGUUAUCACUAUCUGCACAGCUACUGUCUGGCCAGGCAUUUGAUUGCGUCGCACAAGAACUAUGAAGAAGAAUUGGAAAAGCUGCCAGUCUGGCAACAGAAAUCUUCGAAGCCAUUCCAGCCAUGCUGUCCCGUUUGCCGAGAAGUGAUCGACAAUGACGUUCAACCGUUGUCUCAAUGCCGGCCGCCAAAUGAGUUACUUCAAGCUCCUCUUUUUGAAGUUACCACCGAAUUGAGAGGUCUUCAGGAAAAGAUGUCCAAUUUGUUCAUGCGCCAAAAGAGUCGCGGUGGCAUCAUUGACCUGAAUGCAGAGGAUAAUAAUGUGAUUUCGAUUGACAGUGAAGAUGAGGCGAGUAAAAGUCGCGAAUCAUUUGUCAAUGCAGCUGAUGUGGUGACUACCAAUACGAAUCGGCCAAUUAAUGGAAACGCAGCGCGUUCGAAUAAAAAUCCUCAACGGAAACCCGAUAUUCCGGCUAACAGAUCCGAUGACAGUCAGAACAACAAGAGCUCUCAUUAUGGUCACACCGGACGGCGUCAAGGCGGCAGGCGUGACGAUCAUCGUCAUCACCAUCAAAGGCGACGGCACGAGUUCCACCAUCAAAAUGGUGCUGACCAGGCGAACACAACAUCAUCAAAUCAGCAGCCGUGUGGAUCGAAUCAAAGAUGACAAUGGUUCCGCAUCACAGCAGAUUCUUAUGGCAUUCGAAUAUUAUGAUUUUUUAUUCAAAAAAUUUUGUGGUAUGUACCGCCACCGUUUAGUACUGUGAUUACUUGUUUACUUUUGGUGUAUCAUCAAUUCGUUGUGAUUCCGUUCGGGUCAUCAAAUGUGCAGGCAAUGAUGUUGCACAAUUUCCGGCAGAAUCGUUCAAUUCUCUUCCAUUGUCUAUUUUGUAGUCGUAAAUUUGUAACGAAUUUUGCUGAUUUGUUGGUCAAUUUUGUUCGUCUACGGAAAGCCAUCACAUGAUAUACAUUCCUAAUUUUCUUGCUCUAGUCAAAUAAAGUAAUCGUUUUAAGCUCUGAAAUGACCAAAAUCGUAGUGGAUUUUCCUAUUAUGAACAGUGCUGUAGAGCGCAAGGAAAUUGAAAGAUUUUUUUUUUUGGUUUUAACGAAAAUAAUUUGUCGAUUUGGCAACACUCCGAACUGUAGUAAAACCAUGGAUUGCUAUUUCAUUAGCAUUAAUGUUGACGAAACCACAGUAGACCUGCCACUCUUCCUAAAUUUCAUAAAAGUAGCACAAAUUUCUUAAAUUUCCUUAAAUUCUUCAAUUUAUUGAAAUGUGGGGCAACUGCAAAAUGCUAUGAGGUGUUGUUACAGCCUCACAAUUUUUAUUUUCCUAACGAUAAACACUGCCCAAGACCGAUUGUUUUUUUUUUAAUUUCCGAGAUAUAAGAGCCUAGCGUUUAUAUCUCAGUCGAUUUUGCAUGGUCCAUAGUGCCAACGAAUUCAACAAAUUUAAACAAAAAUUUUUGUUUUUACUUUCCCCUUUUCAUUUGUUUACAACAUUAACGGUUCACUUACCGAAAACAAGUAACCUUUUACAUGCAACAACCAUAUCACGAUAUAAUCUUUGAAUCUGUUACUUCUUCUGAUAAAACUCAAGUCGAAUGUUUGAUACAAAAUCUGUUACUUCAAUAGUUUGAACCGAGGUUUGAACGUACAUUUUGAUAGAAAAACGACUUAUUUUUGUCGUUGCUUUCGUUGUGUUCGGCUUGCCCGAUGAACCAUUAAAAUUACAUUUACUGGCUCCACAGAUGUUUAUUUACCAUCUCAAGUGGCCUAAGGUCUUACACGUUUUUCUUCUUUUUUUGAGUGACAAGCUAAUCGUAGUAGUGGUGUUGGUCUAUUGGACUAUUGGAAUUUGACCAAAGACAUCUUCCAUAUUAGUUAAUUCUAACAAAAAAUAAAAAAUUUGAAGUAGAAAGUCCUUGUACGUUUCAUAGCUAAAUGAUUAGCCAAAACGAGCGGAUUAUUUUUCGUUAAAAUGAACGUCUUUCGUUUUCCACUUUUUUAGAUUCGCACAAACGUAUAAUAUUCAUUCGAAUUUGUUGUAAGUUUUUGUUGUUAAUUUUUAGGGUUUUUUUUUCAAUUUGUUUACAAAUGUUAGUCGAUAAGUUUUCAGUACAAACCAACAAUACCGAAUUUUGAUAUUCUAAUUUGAUAUUAAUUUUAAGUCAAAUAUCCCAAAAUUCUGUUUUGAUCGAGCAAUGUGUGAUUGAUUAUUUAUACGAUUUAAGAGUAAAUUUUGAAAUAAUGGGCUGAUUGAUGAAGUUUGAUUUUGUUUAGUUUUUUGUAUUUAUGUAAGAAGUCACAGGUGUUUCGUAAAACCGUAAAAUACUCAAUAAAUCCUCUU